AUUCCUUCUCCAAUGCGUCUCUACUGCACAGUGUCGAGAUUGUCGGAGCUGGAUGGACGCCACAUAUCGGAGAAAGCCUGGAGGAGGAACUGAGUAUGUUCUCCAGCUACUCCAUCCACACAGUAGCUGGUGAUAAGAGCAGAACUUCAGUCCAGAGGAGGAGCAGCUCUCCUUCUAAAGAGGACUUUGAUAGACGGUACAGGAUGGGGGAGCUCCUGGGGAAAGGCGGCUGUGGUUCGGUCUACGCAGGAUUCCGGAGGACUGAUGGACAAGAGGUCGCUAUAAAGAUCGUCCUGAAGACGACCUACGACGAAUUCAUCACCAUCCCUGGAGAGAAGAACAGCCUCCCAAAAGAGGUGGCGUUAAUGCUGAUGGCGUCCAGGCCACCUCGCUGUGACCACGUCCUAGAGCUUCUGGAAUGGUUCGACACUCCAGAGUGUUACGUCCUGAUCCUGGAGCGACCCGCCCUCUGCGUGAACCUCUUCGAGUACCGCAGAGACGACGCCCUUCCUGAACCUCUGGCUCAGAUCAUCAUGCGUCAGGUGGUUUUCGCUGCACGUCACUGCCAGGAUCGAGGGGUUCUUCACCGAGACCUCAAGGAGGAGAACCUGCUGGUGUCUUUGGACAGAUUAGAAGUGAAGCUCAUUGAUUUUGGGUGUGGGGACCUGCUCAAGUCGAGCCCCUACAGGAGAUUUUCAGGCACCAUGUUAUACGUUCCACCUGAAUGGAUCAAGCGAGGUAGGUAUCAUGGCUGCCCUGCAACAGUCUGGAGUCUGGGCAUCUUACUGUUCGUUUUAGUGUGUGGAGAGCUGCCCUUCUGGAACGAGAGGGAGAUCACUGCUGGACGCCUGAAGUUCAAACCUGGUGUGUCUGAGGCCUGCCGUCAUCUCAUCAGGAGGUGCCUGAGCAAGAAUCCAAAGAAGCGGCCCAGCCUCGAGAAGAUCCUGGAGCACCACUGGUUUCCAGAGAGCCUCAAGAACUACGUAAGUCCAGGCACCUGUAUAGAUUUAGCAGACGGAUCACAGCACCACAGCACAGGUCUGCUACAAGAACCAGAUCCAGAGAAUUCCAGCUGAGGUUCAGAUCAUCUCAAUUCCUCAGCACCAUCAGUGUACCAUCAGUACACCAUUAGAGUACCAUCAGUGAACCAUCAGUACACCAUUAGAGUACCAUCAGCGCACCAUCAGUGCACCAUCAGUGCACCAUCAGUGAACCAUCAGUACACCAUCAGUGCACCAUCAGUGUACCAUCAGUGUACCAUCAGUGUACCAUCAGUGCACCAUCAGUGUACCAUCAGUGUACCAUCAGUGUACCAUCAGUGUACCAUCAGUGUACCAUCAGUGAACCAUCAGUGUACCACCAGUACACCACCACACCAGAUCAGAAAGAAACGAGUCUAACCUACAGACAGAAGCAACCAGAUUUGGGCACCUUGAUACCUGGCAGGAAACGGAACAUAGCCCUAAACCGUCACUGAGCCGAUCAACGAUCUACAGUCAACAACCUCGUCUGUCCUGUCCAGUCCUGAAGACACUUCGACCUUCUCCGUCUGGUUUAUGAGACGAGCUGAAACAUAAACCUUAAACAAAAUCAAUAAAAUGUCUUUAAAACUGUGAA